CAUUCCUAUGCACAGUAUGCAGUGACACCUCUGCAGCUAUUGUGCUCGCAAGCGGCUCCGCUGCUGCUGACGGAAUGACUGACUGAGUUUCCCGCCACUACAAACGUAAACGCAACUUUGUUUCACUACGGUUGUUGCGGGGCUCUGCAAACUUAACAGUCAUUUUAUGAAACCAGAAUGAAGUUUCACCCGGUUUCGCGUGUGAGACGGUUUUCUGGUGUGACUCUGCAACGUGUUCUGAGCCCCUGAGUUCUUGGGAGUCGGGAGGGGCGAAAAAAUUGAGAAGACGCAGCCGUCACUUUCUGCGGCAGUCAUCCUAAAGCUUCCGCUUCAGACAGACCCGCUGAGAUACUCUCUCAUCCCAAGGCUAUCUUCUCUAGGGGUGGUUUGCCAGAACUUUGUCUUUGGUGUAAGUUGAGCAAGGAGGAUCUGUCAUCAGGUGCCAAGUGAUAUGAGGAUUCGUGUGGAGAGACAGGCGCAUAUUGGCCUCAUGAGCUCCAUGGCCUCCGAGAAGACAUCCGCUGUGCUGGGAGUGAAGAGUCUCGGAAAGGAGAAUUCGGCAAGUAAUGGAGAUGCUCUCAUAUCCAUGAACUACGGCUUGCCUGUGAGCGUAUCCCCUCAGGCUCUGGUCCAUUAUUCAUUCGGGACUUUGGAGGGGGACUUACUGGGGACAGAGGGCAGAAUACUGAAGUCUUUGGAUACUAGGUCUAAGAGUUUGGAUUGCUUAGAUGAGACCUACAGGUCCAAAAACUGCAGCUGUGGGGCUGCAAGGCACGGGGAAGAAGGGUUGUACGUUUGCCAGAUGUGUGGGUUUUGCGAUCCAGUGGAAAGCGAAGAAGGCUGCCCGGAGAAUAGCUUUCCUCCUAGAAGCUGGGGAACGGUGCCCCAGCAGAGGAAAGCAGAAGGGUUUUCUUCUGAUGUUACUUGCCUUGCUGAAGAACAGCCAACGUUGAGUGGCUCGGAUGGUGAACUGUGUCAGAUGGAACUCGUAAUCGGCCAAAACACGGAGAGCCUGCCGUUCUGCGGGCUGGAUUUGAGGCGAAACAGUGUGCCAGUAUCCUCACCACAAGGGCCUCAAUGCACCAAUGGCUGCGGCACUGCCAUGUAUAACAAAUUGUGUGACAGAACGGACUUCGUAUGUGCCGUGUGCCAUAAAAAUGGCUUCUCUAGUUUGGAAAGGCUCAACAGGAAAACCAAACCCAUAUGCUUUCAGGGCAGAUGCCUUAAGAGGUCCACGCCCUUCAGGUUGUCUGUACCUGACUGUAGUGACAGCGAGGGCACUGUGUCUGACAGCGAGUUUGUGCGUAACAAGAAAGAGCGCUCUACUGUCCUUGUCAGGAGGUACCUCAAGAACAAUCAGAAGAUCAAAAAGACAGUGUGCACAGGCACCAGAGCUAUAGUGAGGACUCUACCCACCGGCUGCUUCUCUGACAGAGUCUGGGAGUCUGUUUGUGGGAAAACAUGCCAACUUGGUGAUGAGGCGAGAGGAUACAGCAGAGCGCUUCAGGCCAUCCAGCUGCAGGUUUCCAGGGCCCUUCUCACAUACCCAGGGGUCAGGUUUGCAGAGAUUGACCAUGUUGAUCCUACCCUGAGUCCUGAAGUCUAUCUCCUGCACCCGUCCAGAAAGCUGCUUGCCCAGGCUGUGUCAUGGCUGCCGGUCUCCCUGUUGCAAAUUAGAUUCAGGGCCUGCCUUCCUAGAACCAGCAUUGCAGCUCAUCUGAGCGGGGCCCUGCUGGAAGCCACAGCUGCUCUCGGGGCCCGAAGUUCUCUGCCUAGCGUCACUGUUGGCUCCACAGGUAGAGCGAUGCUGAAAGAACGGCAGCUGUGCAGCUCCAUGGCCAACUCCAGCAUCCUCCCGUCAGCUGUGACGGGCAUCAGUAAGGAACUAGCCGAUCUGCAGCACCUCAUCCAGUUCCCUGAGGAAAUCGCCACCAUCCUGACAGAACAGGAGCAGCAGCUGUACCGCCGUGUCUUCCCACUUGACUACCUCAGCUUUCUCACCCGAGACCUGGGAAGCCCAGAGUGCCACAAAUGCCACCCGCACCUGAAAGCCUCCCUGUCCGCCCCCAUCAUGCCCACUCAGAAUGACCACCACAACACAGUAGAAGACCUCGUCACAAGAUUCAAUGAGGUGAGCUCAUGGGUGACCUGGCUUAUCCUGACUGCUGGGUCCAUGGAGGAGAAGAGAGAAGUCUUCUCAUACCUUGUCCAUGUGGCAAAGUGCUCCUGGAACAUGGGCAACUACAAUGCGGUCAUGGAAUUCUUGGCAGGUCUCAGGUCUCGCAAAGUGCUGAAGAUGUGGCAGUUCAUGGACCAGGCAGAUAUUGAGACCAUGCGUGGUCUGAAGGACGCCAUGGCCCAGCAUGAAUCAUCAUCUGAGUACAAGAAAGUGGUCAACCGUGCUCUCAACAUCCCAGGAUGCAAAGUGGUGCCCUUCUGUGGCGUGUUCCUUAAGGAACUUAGUGAGGCUUUGGAUGGUGCGGCCAGCAUUAUUGGACUCCGUCCAUCGUUUGAUUCUGAAGAAGAUCCUGUUGAGUUUGUCACUGACUACAAUGGCCAGCAGCACUUCCUGCAGAGGGUUGGGAGCGAUGGGCUCCACAGCUCAGACAAGGAGGCGACCGUCAGUAAUAUUCUGCAGACGAUUCGCAGCUGCAACCGAAGCCUGGAGGCUGAGGAGCCUGAGGAGAAGGCACAAGAGAUCACAGUUUGCCCCAAAAAUUCUUUCAAAGACAAGAGCAGAAGCCAGUUUUUAGUAGGAGACCUCUCAGACUCUGAAGGGGACCCACUUGAGCUGACUAAGGGCAUAGACCUCCAGGCCACAGAAGAGGUGCGUGGACUAUUUAGCCACGGUACAGAGCUCAUCCCCUGGUACGUGCUCUCUCUUCAGCCGGAUAUCCACCAGUUCCUGCUCCAGGGAGCAACUGUUAUCCACUACGACCCCGAGACCCAUCUCACCUCCCGCUGCCUCCUCCGUCUACAGCCCGAUAACUGCUUCCUUACCUGGUCCAAGUCCCACAGUAGCUGUGGCACAGGUGGAAAAGCCAGAGGCUUCAUGGGACAUCCACCAUCCCCAGACCACUUACCUCUGGGCCAACCUGUGCACUGCGGACUGACCGAUGGACUCCUAGACCUUAACGUGGUGAAGGCCGUGUUUAUGGGUCACCCUGGAGUGGAUGUUAACUAUGUGUGCCUGCAGCACAAACUAUGUAACAUGAACCCUGGUGAAAAUGGUGUCACGCUGCUAUAUGGACUUCACACCACAGACAACAGGCUCCUGCACUUUGUGGCCCCCAAACACACGGCUCAAAUGCUGCACGAGGGCCUCCAGGAGCUGCUCAGUGACAUCAGGAAGAUCAGGAAGUUUCCUGACCAGAGACUGCAAUGGCUGCGAAAGCAGUAUGUUAGUUUGUACCAGGAGGACGGUAGAUUUGAGGGGCCCACACUGGCCCAUGCUAUUGAGCUGUUUGGUGGGAGACGCUGGAAUAUGGGCACUAGUGGCCCUGGAUCCACCAGCAAGAGUGCAGAGAAGAACUCAGCCCAGAAAAACAGCCCGCUGGGCAUUAACUCCAACGUCAAGAAGAAGAAGAAAGCCUUAGUUAGGGGAGACAGUGGUGAUGGAACAGAUGAUGAGAUGAUCUCACGCAAGACCAGGAGCUGUAAAGAGACUUUGGGAAGGAGAGAGUCAGACCCUUUGGAAAGUGUUGAGCAGGAAAACGCUGAGGACUGCAGUACCUUUGGCCACCCUGGACCCCUUUCCUUAUCCAACAGCAAAGGCCAGUCUCCUGGAUCCUCCUUAUCCUCCUCCUCAUCUUCCUCUGGCUCCUUUAACACAAACACCUCCACCCCUACACGCCCCCAUUCGUCCCCUGUUCUCCCCGGCAACUCCAAAAGUCAGCCAGGGGCCUGGAGCAGUCGGAGCUGGCAUGGUCGAGGGAAAGGCUGCUUUAGGGGCUUCCAGGACCUCAUGAUCUCCGACAGCAUCAUGAGCUUUGUUGAAUUUGUAGAGCUCUUCAAGUCUUUUAGCAUUCGCAGUCGUAAGGAUCUGAAGGAUCUGUUCGACACCUACGCUGUGUCUUGUAGUCGCUCAGGUCCUGACUCUGUCCCACUCUACACCACACUGAGGAUUGAUGACAAACUAACAGGACUGCAACCGGAUCUUGGUGGGCAUAAAUUUGAGCCUUCUUCAAACAUGCGUCAGAUGGGGUGGAUGUCCUUUGAAGGAUUUGCCAGGUUUCUAAUGGACAAGGACAACUUUGCCUCUAAAAACGAGGAGUCUCAAGUGAAUCUGGAUGAGCUCCAGUAUCCGCUCUCGUACUAUUACAUCGAGUCCUCUCAUAACACGUACCUCACGGGCCAUCAGCUGAAAGGAGAGUCUUCAGUGGAGCUCUACAGCCAGGUGUUGCUGCAGGGCUGUCGUAGCGUUGAGUUGGACUGCUGGGACGGGGACGACGGCAUGCCUGUUAUUUACCAUGGACACACUCUUACUACUAAGAUUCCCUUCAAGGAUGUUGUCGAGGCCAUCAAUCGUUCAGCGUUUGUGAACUCAGAGAUGCCUGUGAUUCUGUCAAUCGAAAACCACUGCUCUUUACCACAGCAACGCAAAAUGGCUGAGAUUUUUAAGACGGUGUUUGGUGAGAAGCUGGUGACCAAGUUCCUGUUUGAGAGUGAUUUUGCGGAUGAGCCUUUGCUUCCGUCUCCCCUGCAUCUCCGAGGGAAGAUCCUACUGAAAAAUAAGAAGCUGAAAGCUCACCAGGCUCCAGUGGACAUUCUCAAACAAAAGGCACAUCAGCUGGCUCACAUGCAGGCCCAGGCCAACAACGGCACAGUCAGUGGAACAUCCCUGGGAAACAAUGACGAAGAAGAAGAGGAGGAAGAAGAGUAUGACUAUGAUUAUGAGUCAUUAUCUGAUGCUGAUGUCCUCAAUGCUUCCACAGCCUCUUAUGGCCAGGAAGACAAUAUUCUGGAUGACAAACCCGAAGGCAAGUCAUCCACUGAGAAACUUCAGUAUGAGUCCAAUGAUGAGAUGCCCAAGCGGUUCAAGAAAGCGGGAAGCAAAGGAAAGAUGUUUGACAUGGAACUAGGAGAGGAGUUCUACCUGCCCCAGAAUGAGAAGGAGAGCAGACAGAUCGCUCAAGAGCUAUCUGAUCUGGUCAUCUACUGUCAGGCUAUUAAAUUCCCAGGCCUCUCCACCCUCUCCCCAUCAGGCUCUGGAAGGGGAAAAGACAGAAAAAGCCGGAAAUCCAUCUUUGGCAGCGCUCCUGCUCGCGGAAGCCCCGGGGAGACUGUGACGUUGGUCCGAGCUCCAGGGAAAGCCAGUCUGGAGGGCAUUCGGAUGAACUGGGAGGAACAAACAUCGUUGACACUGAGCCCGAGCACCUCUCUCAGCUCCAUCAUCCGCACACCCAGAUGCUACCAUAUCUCCUCUGUCAACGAGAACGCUGCAAAGCGUCUGUGUCGCCGCUACUCCCAGAAGCUCAUCCAGCACACCAGCUGCCAGCUGCUCCGCACGUACCCUGCAGCCACACGCAUCGACUCCGCCAACCCCAAUCCUCUCAUCUUCUGGCUGCACGGAAUCCAGCUGGUUGCCCUCAACUAUCAGACUGAUGAUCUGCCCAUGCAGCUGAACGCAGCUCUGUUCGAGGCUAUUGGUCACUGUGGUUAUGUGCUGAAGCCCCCGGUCCUGUGGGAGCGAAGCUGCCCUCUCUAUCAGCAAUUUUACCCUCUGGAUCGAGACCUGGAGAACAUGACCCCCACGCUCUACACUCUCACUAUUGUGUCGGGACAGAAUGUGUGUCCGGGGAACUCGAACGGAAGUCCCUGUGUGGAAGUGGAGGUGUUGGGCAUGCCGGCAGACAGCUGCCAUUUCCGCACCAAGCCUAUACACCGUAACACACUCAAUCCCAUGUGGAAUGAGCACUUCCAGUUUCAUGUGCACUUCGAGGAUAUGGCGUUUCUGCGCAUUGCUGUCGUGGAGAACAACAGCUCACAGGUCACCGCUCAGCGGAUACUGCCCCUCAAAACCCUCAAACCAGGCUACAGACACCUGCAGUUGAGGAACCUGCACAAUGAGUCUCUGGAGAUCUCUAGUCUGUUCAUCUUCAGCCGCAGGACGGAGGAGAGUCCCACCGGAGGACCACUGCCUGUGUCUGUGCUGUUCAGCACGGAGGAAAGACGCGCCGCCCAGCAGCACAAAGUGACAGUGCAUGGAGUUCCAGGCCCUGAACCCUUCACCGUAAUGUGUGUUGAUGAAUACACCACGGCCAAGCAGCUCCUGGACUCUUUAUUUCCGACUACCUCCUUCAACUACUUCCUGAUGGAGGAGAAAAUGCCUCUGUGCAAGGAGAAGAGCGAGUCGAAGAGAGCACCUCAGCAGCGCCCCCUAGCGAAUGAUGAACGGCUCCUGAGAGUUACUCACAGCUGGCAGCCGCAGGAAGGAUAUGUGGGCAGAAUGUACCUGAAAACCAAGGAGGAGCAGAACAUCAAUGAGAAGAAUACGGUGAUGGAGGGGGUGGAGGAGGUGAGCAGCGGAGAGGACGACACGUUCCUCGUGCAGGUUCAUGAUGUUUCUCCUGAGCAGCCUCACACGGUCAUCAAAGCCCUGUGUUACAGCACCGCCCAGGACAUCAUCCAGCAGACUCUGAGCAAAGCAAAGUACUCUCUGAGCAUCCUGAGCAACCCUAACCCAUGUGACUACGUCCUGAUGGAGGAGGUUACUAAAGACGCGGGUGGAAAGAAAUCAUCCUCGGCUAAACAGUGUCAGCGUGUGCUGCAGGACCACGAGUGUGUGUUCCAGGCUCAGAGCCGCUGGAAGGGUGCUGGGAAGUUCAUCCUCAAACUCAAAGAGCAGAUCGCUCGUGAGGACAAGCGCAAGGGCGUGUCUUUUGCCAGCGAGCUACGGAAGUUGACGGGUCGGAGUCGGAGCUUGACUGUGAACACGAACACGAACGGUCCAGCAGCUCAGGAGCCGACACACAGUAAGGAAGAGAAGGCUGCAUGUCCCAGCAUGGUGCCUCUGCCAGAGGCCUCGGAGUGAAGGAACGCUGUGCAGUGUGUGUGUGUGCAGUGCAUGGAGCUCCCACAAGGGUCUCUGUCGAUGGGGCUGAAGGCCUGGAUGGCUUGGGUUCUCAGAGACUGUGUGCGGUAAAGCCCAGUGUGUCCCAGUGUGGCGAUCGCACCCCUGUCCCGUCCACCGGGACCCUCCCGCUGCUGUGGAACUGGAAGCUGCAUAAAUGAGUCCAGACCCAGAGCAGCACCGCUAGUGUUCACUACUCUCACGUGAGUGAGAUACAGUCCAGCCUGAUGGAGAGUGGACGCCGUUUGAGCUCGUCCCGUGCAGAACACGGUGGCCUGGGUGAGUUAGGCUUGCUGAGGGGUCGAGGAUAGGUUUAGUCAGUUCAGCAUGUUACUGAAUGUCAGAUGAAUAUACUUCUCCUUUUUAAAGAGUACUGCAAGUGAUGAAUGCGUUUAUAUGCAUUUCAUUUUUUAUUUGUGGUUUUGCACAUUAGUCCAGAUAUUUUGAAAGCUUUUUUUAAUACUUUAUUUACAUCCAUUUUUUUGGAUUGCUGAAAUUAAAUCAAGCAUAAAAAUGCUCCCAGCACAUUAGUGUAACUAAUUUUUUUUUACUUCUAAACCUUGAGUUCUUUUAUGAAUGUAAAUAUGGCGUGAUUUAUUUAGAGUUCAGAGCAAAUGUGCACAAGAUGUUGAGAAAGAUGCAAGACAGAUUUGUUCUGCAUAUUUUAGCAGCUAAUUGUAUUUGAUUGCUUUCAUUGCACACGUCCUGGACUGCAUUUUUAUGACCAACAGCAAAAAAUGCAAGAUGUUGAGGGGUACCUUUCUAUAAACUGCCACGAAUCUAUUUACAGUAUUACAAAAACAAGCAUUUGAAGAAACAUCACUUUAAAUGAUUUUUAAAAAAAAUGUAUAUAUGUUACUGAUUUCCUUAUUUUAUUACAGCUAG